UUUCUGUCGUUUGCGUCAUUUUUGCCGUUGCUGUCUAUUUCCUUUCUAAUUUCUGUUCACUUAACUUUGAAAUUAUUCUGAGACCAAUAGGGGGUUGUUGGGAUAUUUUUCUAAAUACCUAUACCCGCCUUUAGGACUUGGAGGGAAAACAAUGUCAACACCAGAUUUACAUUUAACAUCAACUUCAUUGGCUACUAUCCCCGUAUUUAAACAACAACAACAUUCACCAAUUUUGUCAAGGGAAGCUUUUGCUGCCGUUUUUCAAUCUUCUACAACCUCCUCUUAUGGACAACUACAUCAGCAAAGAAUUAGUCGUCAAAAUAGCCCAAAUAAUUCAAUACAAAAUGAAAUAAAUUUGAGGACAUCAACAACACGUUUGGUUAAUAGUUGCAAUUUGGCUGAGCUAACACCUUCAACUGGCCACUCUUCAACAACCACAUUAAAAUCUGAUGAUGAAAGAUGGAAAAUAACAACACCUGAUCAUCUACAACAACAUCAACCACUUGUUGUUUGUCCACCACAAAUUACUAUUGCCCAACAAAGCCCUUAUUCAGCAAAAUCAUCACCUUCCGAAUAUAAUUGUAAUAUUAAUGAAAAUGAGAGUAAUAUUAAAGAAAUUGGACGUCAACAACAACAUCAGCAGCAACAAAUGCAAAAUAAUUAUCAUGGAAGAGAAAAACAUAAAAAAUAUAAAAAAUUUAGUUGUGGAGAAAGCAGUGCUGAUAGUCAAGUUAGCUCAACUAGAGGAGGAAGAGGAAGACGGUCUGCAAUAAAUGAUAUGCCGCCAGAUGAACGUCGUGUAACCAUUUUGGAAAGAAACAAGGCGGCAGCUGUACGUUACAGAAAAAGAAAAAAGGAAGAACAUGACGAGAUUGUUGAAAAAGUGCAUAUAAUUGAACAAGAGAAGAAUGCGCUAGAAACUCAAAAUUCUGUUCUUCGAAGAGAAUUGGAACGUUUAACAUUUUUAUUACAGGAAAGAGAAAGUCGUUGUAUUUGUAAAGCAAAUCAAUUACAAGUUGGUGUAAGCAUAAUUGGACCUCCAUCACUCCAACAACAACAACCAGAUGAAUUACAUCAACAACGGAGUCCAUCAACAUCAAGUUUUUUAAAUGGUUAUAGUUCUGGUCAUCCUCAUUCGCAUCAUCAUCCUCAACAACAAAUACGUCCUGGUUCUGCACAUUCUGCACAAUAAAUAAACAAGUUUUUUUUUAAUUUUUGUGAAUAGAAUUUUAGUUGUUAUUUUUUAAUAAUAAUCUCUUUUUUUGGCUGCCCAAAAAAAUAAUAUAAAGAUGAAAAUAUUUAAGUAAAUUAGGGGAUUUUUGAGAAAAACGUUGGGAGAGUGGGACAAAAUGUCUCACUUUAAUUUUUUGAUUUUUCUGAAUUUUGGUGUAUUUUAAAAUAGGAUUGUGAGAAAAAAUGGGAGGGGGUGGGACGAAAUGUCUUACUUUAAUUUUUUAAAUGAAUUAAAAUUUAUUUUUUGAAUUCCUAAGUGAAUUUUUAAAGAAAAUAUUUUCAUCUA